GACUGCAGACCUCCCUCCCUCGCACCAGCGUCCCUAUGCUGCAGCGCGCGCCCGCCGACGAGACCGACAUACAUACAAUAGCACCGGCAUCCACCAGCCGAGCAGAACUACCUGACGACUAGCAACCGGAGCCGUUAGUGCGCCAAUCGACUGCGCGCAUUCCACCGGGCGGCGUGAGAGGAGAAGCAAAGCAAAGCCAGCCCAGCACGCGGUCACGCUGCACGCCACCGUCGUCCAUAUAUUCACCCACGCGCACCCGCUCGCGCGCCGCCCAUCCUCGUGCACCGCUGCCCCGUCACCCCCCAAGCAGACGUGCAAAGGACGCGAGCCGGCAGCAUGGCAUUCUUCGCCGAACCCGCGGCGGCUUCAGACCGCCAGCGCGCUCCCGUUGGCCUGUCAUUAGACCUCCCUCCCACCAAUCUGCCGUCGCCGUCCUUUUCGAGCAACAACCCCUUCAGAAGGGCCGCCUCGCCGUCACCACGACACCCGAGUUUCAAUAGCAACACGCUGCCCGUCGUGCAGCGACCCGAACGUCCAAUGUCGACCAAUCCGUUUCUCGACGACGACGAGGUCGCUCGCCUGCGACAGCAACAAGCCCGCCCCGUGCAAGUGCCCGAGGACAUCUUCAAUGACCUCUCUCUCCUGGACAAACCACUAUCAAAUGGACAGAGUGGAGCAGGCGCAUACAUCGUGAAGCGACCAGAAGAUCGAGCUCCCCCUCGUCCCAGUGGCCCACCUCCCACGUACCGACCAUCUGGCGAGCGCGAUCGACCACCCCGACCAGUUCGUAGCCCCGACAAAAGCACAUUUCCGCGCUCCCGACCACGACGAGCGUCGGAAUCCUCAGUCAUGGAAAAGGAACGCCGUCCACGCGUAGAGCGCGAAGAGCUUCGUGAGCGUACAGAGUCCUCCGAACGUCGACGGGCUGAGAGGCGAAAGGAGCGGGAGGAACGCCACAAGCGAGAGAAAGAGAGGGUUCGCAAUGGCGAGAAACCACGACGCAAGCCUCAAGGAUUGGACAUUAUUGACAAACUGGACGUGACCGGCAUCUACGGUCAAGGCUUGUUCCACCACGAUGGUCCCUUUGACGCAUGUAAUCCGCAUCGAAACUCCAAGAAGGACCGCCGUGCACCAAUGCAGGCCUUUCCAGCCGAUUCGGCAAAUAUGCAGCUCGGAGGCGCUGGACCGCUUCGAUCUCAGCUUGAUCUGGACAAAUUCCACGGACGAGGAGAAGAAGGAUUUUCAGAGUACGCCGCGACACGAAAGAAGACCGAGACGAACCAGUGGAAGACGGAGCCCGUUACCAUCGAUCCUCUUCAGCGUGGCGAGUUAGUACACGGUCAAGAGACGAAUGGUUUGGGAACUUCUACAUUCCUGGAAGGUGCACCAGCUAGUAGGAAAGACAUGCAGCGCCGGGACUCGGAAGAUCCAGAGCUUAACGUGGGUGGUCUGUCGCGAAAGAAGUCCAUUGCGCAACGCUUCCGCGGCAUGUCCGCUUCUCGACGUGAUCGACCUGCUGAUCUCCGGAGCCCAGAGGCACGAUAUCAGUAUGGUGGACCAACAAGCCCACCCAUUCCACAGACGAAAGCCAUCAGCGCUGGAGGACCUGUGAAGGCCAAGUACAGCAAAGACAAUGAGAUCAACCCAUUCGACAGCGACUACGAGGCGGCCUUCGACAAGAAAGGCACACAGAUCCGAAUUGCUGAACAGGAGAGACCACGAAACCGUUCACGAGCUGGAAGUAGCCCCAAGGCCCCGCCUCUCACUAGAACUCAGACGAGCGAUGCCCGUCUACCCAGCAGAAACGGCAGAGUCAGCAGUGGCGACGAGGAGCGACCAAGUGGUGUCAGCGGCUUCUUGAACAGAAUGCGAUCGGUCAAGGGAGGACCGCGAAGGCCACGCGCGGCUGAGUAGCGAAGGGGACAAUCGCCAUAUGUCUCCUUUUCAGCUGUUGUUUUUUAGGAUAUGGACCGGGGAGGGCGGCACCCGUCGGUCGUCGUUGAGCAUGGGAGAGAUAAUUUGGACACCGGUACCGGUUUGACCUUGUCGCCAGAAGGAGGCGACUACCCUCAAAUUGGGCAUAAUAAUGAGUGUCUGAUCGAGCCAUCGCGCGAAUUUGACCGUGCUGGCAUCUGGCCUAACAGCACACUGCGCAACUGCAGUCAAUCAAUAGAGACAGUUCUUCACAAGCUCCAUAGAAAUUGAUGAAUGCCUUGAAGCCAACUC